UUUCUUGUGACUUUGUUUUUAUAAAGUUUUUGAUAAAAAUGCCUCGUGUUAAGAGGAAUCGAGAGACCCGUCGUAAACGCCCUGCAAUGCCUGAAGGUGAUGCAGAAACCUCAAUGACUGAAGACGAAAGAAGACAAAAACUGGACGAUUAUUUACAAGACUUCGAUGUACAAGUGAAGUCAAGGAUUGAGCAAAUGAAGCUCCAAGCAAAAUCAAUAAUAUCGUCGAUAAAAGGAGCGUACCAUUUGGAACUCAUGAAGAUGCCUCCGAAUAUUAGAAAAAUGAAGCUCUGUGAUUUUUAUGAGCCACAAACCACAGGAAGAAGCUUAAGGUCUACAGCAAGAAAGAGGAAAAAUGUCCCAGAAUCUCCAUCAUGCAAAUCAAAGGCCAAACUUCAGAAGACAGAAAUGUUAGCUCCAACAACAUCAAGGAGAAGCACCAGGAAAAAUGCCAGAUCAAAUAUCCAGUUUGUCACACCUGCCUGCCAAGUACGCAACAUUGCACAGACACCUUUUGUAACUCCGAAGUUUGACCCAAGCUUACCAGUAACUCCAGCMUUGUUAAGAGAACCUAAAGAAGGAGAAAGGAUCAUGUCAAUGAGUGGUUCGCCUCUGGCUAAUAUYGCAACACCAGCUCACAUUGCACAAGUGUUGGUUCCCAUUGGAAACGGCCAGUCACUUCAGUUCACCUCUGAGAACAGUCCAUCACAAGUUCCACGUCUAAAUCAACAAGCCAGGAAGAACUUAGAACUGUUACAAGAACAGUUAUCACGUCUUUUGCRCGUGAAGCCAAAAUAAAUUCAACCAACUUCCAACCAUGUCAACACGGAACUCAAAUAUUAACCCAAUUUGAAGCAUCAAUGAAGAAUAUGUUUUCGAAACUUGACUYAUUUCUGGACAUAUUGUAAGUACACAUCGUGCAAAUCUACUCAGWUGAAAGCAGUCCUCUCCGGAAGUCAGCGUAACGAGACUACAGGGAACCAUGGGAAGCUAUUGAGAAUAUAUCUGUCUUUUAUAUAAGAAAAGUUAAUAUGACAUCACAAUAACCACGCUUCAAUCUAGCCACGCAUGCUUUGUUUAUUUUAGAGACUUUGUACUAUGCUUUUAAUUAAAAUAGAUGUAUUUUUCAUGGCUGAGAUCACGAAAACUGAAGAGCGUGUAGKGAAAGAUCCCGUCCUCACUAAUGUUCAAUUUCCUCGUGGACGGCGAAAAAUAAAAACAUCCUACGAAAAAGCAUUUYGUAUCGACGGGGAUUAAKUCUCGUCCUGAAGAAUGUGUUUUUAUGUUGUUUGUGURCAUCUUCAUGAAGACAGCAGAAUCAAAAACGUCAAGCUUGGCUCAUUAAUUAUUGUGCUAUCUCGGUUUGAAAUAAGUUGMAAGUUGCUUUUCAAAUUAAAUUGCGAAUCAUCUUCUGUUGCAAAUUUUCAUUUYAUGGCAAAUGCAUCAACAUUUCGAUGCGACCGCCAAACUUGAUUACAGACAAUUCUCGCAAUUUAGCGCCAAACUUGAUAUUUAUAGGCCCAUUUGCAGUACCUUCUCUGUCGUUGUGCAACAUUGGAUGUAAAGGCCUGGCUACCAAAUCAUAAAAAUGUUGGAUAAGUCACAAUCGUUUUUUCUUCCGGCCGAAUUCGGCUUGCACAAUAUGUGAUUUGUUUCUUGGAACUGGAGUUUGAAAGUCCAUUAAGUUUUCAAUAAUAUUUCUUUCCUUUGAUUGCUUGAUUUGUGAUGAUCAAUUAUUUUUAGAUUUUCCAAUAGUUUUGGACGGAGAUGGGUCAUCCAACAUUAACCUUGGGCCAGGCCUUAAAAUGAACGAAACACAUUGUUUCGUGGGCGCUUUUGUUUCUCGUGCAUGUCGCCACCUUGAUAAUUUAGCAAUUAACKUAUGUCUUAAGGAGAACAUUUGAUGGUGAAAAAAAAAACACGUUUUAAUUUUUUUUAAUUUUACUUUUUUAAUUGAUGUGGUAGUCAGAUGAURUGUUUAUAGUUACCUUGAAUUAAUAAUUGUACAAACAAAAUCACUACUUCUCAUGAUAGAAAGAAUGUUGUUGGCUUUUACUAAGGUCAAACAAACUAGUGAGCAUUGUUCGUCAUUAAUUAGUAGUAUUUGUCUUGGAUUUAGAGGUGUUUUUUUUAUUAUAUUAUAGUUUAAGACCCUGUUGACAUGAGAUAGGGUGCCCCUACGCCAUGGUACGGCUAACUCUUUUGUUUUCUUUUCCCUGGAGGAUUUAAAACAAAGGAUUUUGGCCCUACCACUAGGGCCACCCUAUAUCUCAUGUAAAAAGGGUCUAAAACUCGUAAUCUUUUUCUAUGCUAUGUUCAGUAUAUAUGGGGGAAUUUUUCGAACCUUCUGCAGUGCUUUUUGUACAAUGUAUAGURUAUAAAUAAUGCUCACAAUAUCAAUUAACCAAAAUUCUUGACURCCCAUUCUAUAAUGUAUUUGACAUUAAACUAUUUUAGUGCUGGA